UUAUCAAGAAAGAUGAUAAUUAACGCGAGAGUAUUUGUGUUGAUCGCACUGGUAACCUACGGUGUAUGCGCUCAUACAGUCGACAUUCGAGAGCCUUACAAAAGAACUAAUGAUAAAAAAUAUACUGGGUCUAUGCUGGCUGAGAUCGCAAAGGAAUUAGUGCAAAGAUCAACGACCAGCAGUCAGGUGCUGACUUUAAAUCUCUCGAAUUUGCUAUUACUUUUGGUGCUUAAAGCAGUUGUGUUCGGCGCUGGCUACAUAGGACAUGGUUACAAAGGACGCGAAUUAGAAGAUGAAAAUAUUGUAUCGGAGGGUGAGCUUGCAUUAGCGCUUGGAUAUCUGAUCGGUGAUACCUGUUUGUACAGAGCAGCUUGCGAGGAGCCACAUAUUGCGAGAGAAUAUCUCGGCGCAGCAGAAAUGCUCUUACAAACAAUGAAGUUAAUGCCGCAAAGCUUACCUGCAGAAUCCAAUUAUAAGAAGACGAUCGCAGAAUUCCGGAAGGCGAUUGAGUAUGGCAAUAUCGAGGAAUGUCCACCAGAAUACAGCUGCAAAAAAGAGAACUUAAAUAAUUUCUUACAAAGUGAAAAACGAUAA